GGAGAAAGGGAGGGAGUGAGGAAAAAGAGAGAGAGAGAGCGCUGGACACUACCAUGUGCGUUGUGUGUUUAUGUGAGUGUGAGUGCAUGUGUGUGUGAGAGAGCGAACUGAGUUUGAGACAGCAGAGCGCUCGGUGUGAGAGACGACCACAGGCGACCGGAGUGCAGAGCGGAAGCAUCGGGACGCAGAAGCACUGAACCCGUCAGCUGGGGGAGCGGAGCUGUGAGAGCUCACCUUAUCCUCAUCCUCAUCUUCAUCCUCAUCCUCAUCCUCAUCGUUACACAUGUGGAGUCUCCAGCAGCCAGGGAAGGGGGAAAGAGACUGCUAAAGACGCAGCGUCUGAGCUCCGGCCUCCGCGUCCGACACAAGCGGCUAUCAUAACAUCAGAGGAAGAAGAGCAGAUAUUCUGGUUCCAGAGGGGCGUGACAUUCAUCAGACACCGAUCAUUACCAAAGCGGGAUGUUAACCAGGAACGCUGUGCUGCCCCCCAGAAGAAUCCUCAUUCCACUCUAGGGUCACCUGGUAACCUGACCUCUCCCACCCCCACGCCCCACUUUCUUUUACUUUCCCUUCCACCCUAUCGCUCUCAAUCCCACGAGUGACCUCUGCAGGACAAACUAGACAGCCCUCCCGCCAAAAGAUCGCCAGUCCUGGAGCACCUCUCUGCAACCCUUCCCUGGAAAAAGUCAAAGAUGAUGUCCAAGCCGUCACGCCUGGCCAAGCCUUCCAAGUCGUCCGGCCGCAAGGAGCCACCAGGCAGCCGCUCGCGGAUGCUGAGCGUGGGGGAGAGGCUGAUGAGGGCUGGCAGCGAGGGCAACCUGGUCAGACCAAGAGCCACGCUCCAGCAGCAGCAGGCUGGCCACCACGAGUCCCACAGGAGUGUCUCACCCCUGGCUAAAGAGGUUGGCAACAUCAGCAACCAGAGGCUGUCCGCCACAGAGAAUGAGGCCCUCAGCCAGCACCACAGCAGCAGCGCAGACGACAGUGACCACUCAGACCCCUGGUCCCCACGCACCCUGCCCAGACGCUACACAGUAGGGGGGCCUCGCAGCGCCGGGGACGCACAGACCAUGCAGCCGCACCACAUGGACCGCAAGCGAGAGGCCUUCCUGGAGCACCUGAAGCAGAAGUACCCCCACCACGCCUCCACUAUCAUGGGCCACCAGGAGAGAAUCAGGGACCAGAUCAGACUCCCUAAGCACAGCGCAAGCCCCCAGCCCGGCCUAGGGGCCCCGGGGGAGCCGUUGUCUGUGGCCUCGCUGGAGUCUCUGGAGGCCAUGUCUGAAGGAGGAGAUCCACCCAGUGCCUUCACCCGAGGCACCCGCUCCAGGGCCAGCCUGCCUGUGGUGCGCUCUGCCAACCAGACCAAGGACAGGUCACUGGGUGUUCUGUACCUGCAGUAUGGCGAGGACACCAAGCAGAUCCGGAUGCCAAACGAGAUCACCGGGGCGGACACCAUCCGGGCCCUGUUUGUCAGUGCCUUCCCCCAGCUGCUCACCAUGAAGAUGCUGGAGUCCCCCAGCAUGGCUGUCUACAUCAAGGACGACAUGAGGAACAUCUACUAUGAGCUUACUGACGUCAGGAACAUCACACCUCACUCAUGUCUGAAGGUUUACCACAAAGACCCCGCCCAGGCCUUCAGCCACAACUCCAAGCCCAACAAUGGGGAUGUGAGGGUCCACCGGGAGAAGAUGUACGUCAGCAGAGAUGGCCAGCACAGCCUGCGGCAGGCCCCCUCGAGCCCCAUCAGCAGCCUCCACGCCCUGCAGGGCUCCAUGUCGCCCCCUACUGCCCGCUCCAUGCCCUCCUCGCCCUCCCGCAUCCCGUUUGGGCCGCGUCCCUCCCUGCCCCUGGCCGGCAGCGCCACGCUGCCCCGCGAGCGCCUGGCCAGUGCGCCUCAGCCCACCAGCCGCUCGGUCACGCCCUGCCCCAGCGCCAUCCUGGAGCGCCGCGACGUCAAGCCCGACGAGGACCUGGGCAGCGGGAGCAAGAGCAUGGCCCUGUACGAGCCGUACGGCCACCCCGAGGGCCGGCUGAGCGUGUCUUCGUCGCAGGGCCCCGGGGACGCGGUGGACGGAGCCCUCCAGCAGCAGCCGCCGCCACAGCAGCACUCGCUCUACCGGCAGAAGUCGCGCAAGUACGCCGAGAACCCCAUGGCAAGUCUCGGGGGCAAAGCACAGCCGCCAUCCCCGCACCGGGUCAACGAGGUCAGGAUGAUCGACAUGCCCCCGCAGGGCGUACCGGUGGAGAGGGGCUCAUCCAUGCGCCGGUCCUUCCGGAAGGACAGCAACGGCACCAUGGAGGUGGUGGCCAGCGUGCAUGGCAGCAUGGUCUCCCCCGUGUUUGUGGACCUGCCACCGGGACAUGGCACCAGGCCGUUUCAGACCGGCGUACCCCCCGGCACCCACCACACCAGUGAGCGGAUGAAGGCCAUGGAGCAGCAGAUAGCCAGUCUGACAGGGCUUGUCCAACAUGCACUUUUAAAGGGGCCAAAUGCUAGUGCCACCAAAGACACUACCGGAGAGAAACCUGUGAGAACAGCAUCUCCUGCUAACAGUGUUAACAGUGGAGGAGUGUCACCUGUUCCCGUGCCCAAGAAUCGCACUGCCCAGUCCGACUCCAUGGCUGUGGUCCUUCACUCGUCAGCCAAAGACACAGAGAUGCAAUCCAUGCUGAGCACCUUCAGGAGGAACGUGUCUGACCUCCGCCUGCAGCUCCACCAGCUCAAGCAGAUGCAGCUCCAGAACCAAGACUCGAUGAAGGUGAUGCUUCGGCGGGCCGAGCAGGAGAUCACUGGCCGGUUCACGGACAUGCUGCGGCACCUGGAGGAUCCGGUGCAGAAACAGCGGUCCCAGGUGGACCAGGAGCGGCACACAUACCUGGCCAUGGAGGAGAAGGUGCUCAUCCAGCUGGGGGAGCUGGAGAAGUAUGUGGAGAGGCUGAAGAAAGACUCCGCCUCUAGGAUGACCCAACGGCCAAUCACGCUGAAGGAUGUGGAGGAGGGAGCGGUCAACUUGAGGAAAGUGGGGGAGGCCUUGGCUGGACUCAAAGGCGAGUUCCCGGGGCUGCAGACCAAGAUGCGCUCCGUGCUGCGGGUGGAGGUGGAGGCCGUGCGCUUCCUCAAAGAGGAGCCGCACAAGAUGGACAGCAUGCUGAAGAGAGUCAAGGCCCUGACGGAGACCCUCAGCUGCCUCAGGAGAUGUGCCACUGAGGGAGUCCUGCCCUCUCCAGAGCCCACCAGAGCCGUGACGGCCGAGGCGUCUCCAGUGGCGGCCGACGGCUCCGACUCCUCGGGCUCCUCGCGGAGCUCCCCGACUCUGGGGCCGCGGUCGCCGGCCGGCACCGCCAUCCGCUCGGAGCUCACGCCCUCUUCGCCGGUGGUGGUGCACCGCGUGCGCAGUGCGCCCGUCUCCGCGCCCGUCUGCCAGCACUCGGCCAGCCUCGGCCACGGCCACCACGCCAGCCCACCACUCACCCCGACGCACGCACGCGACUCUCCCACCGUGGCCAAGGUGAGCCCUCGCAGCCGUGAGAGCAGCCCCGCGCUGCAGAAGAGGACCACACUGCCCAGGGCUGGCCACGCGGAGAACGCCCCGGGCCCCGGCACCACCAGUGGCUCGGACACACCGCCCCCCCUCGGCACCGAAGAGCCCCCAAGUGGCGGCAGCAGCAGGGGCAGCCUGAGACACAGAGGCGCCAGCACUGAGCCACCAUCCCCAGAGAGGCAGUGGGAGGAGGAGAAGGAAGAUGGAGAGGAGGAGGAGAAGGAAGAGGGAGAGGAGGAGGAGGAGGAAGAGCCGCAGGCUGGACCCAGUCCAGGGCAGCCUGAUGGGGCAGAGAUGGAGAGGCUCCUCCAGCAGACCCAGGACAGCCUGAUGCAGGCCAUCCCCAGCCUAGAGGUGCCUGCCCAGGGGGAGACGCCAGCGCAGGCCCAGCCAGAUGAGGUGGAGGCCCCCUUACCCGCAGCCUCUGCUCCUGAGCUGCCACCAAAACCCUUAGCUGACAAACCAGUGGCAGCGGCCGGCUCGGCGGAGCGAGCACAGAGGCCAGCCAUUGAGAAGCCUCACAGGCCCAGCGUGGACCGAGCGAGGGCCGGCUCAGCAGAGAAGGCCAGCAAGUCUCCUCCCCCUCCCCCACCCCGCCGUUUCUUCCCCAGUGGAUCAGGCCUGACCACCGGGAGGUCAGGAGAGGUCAUCUACGCCUCGCACAACAGGAAGGACUCGACCUCCGCUCAGGAGGGUGAGGGAGAGGAGGUGGAGGAGGAGUCCACCCGGCCCAAAGCGCUCAAGGUGCCCCCAGAGAUCAAGCCCAAACCCCAGAGCCCCCCGCCCACUGGGGCCACCGCCCCCCCGCUCACUCCUCGGGCAGCCGCCAGUGCCGCUCCCUCUUUGGCCGAUGGUGACGAGGAGGAUGAGGGAGAUAAGAUCAUGGCCGAGCUGCAGCAGACCCCGGGUCACCAGGGUGAAGCGACAAACCAAACUAAGGAUGGAAAGGAUUCCACUCCACAAGGUUCCAGGGUGAUAUAUUACGUCACUGGACAGAUUUCCAAUGAGCAUCCUGCAGCAGACACAGCAGAACAAAAGGAGGGCAGGGAGCGAACCCUUCCCCAAACCAAGGUGGCACAUGCGAAUGCUUUUGACCUUUCCCAGAAGCCAAAGUUAUUAACAUCAGCUGAAUUCCCCACAGUUUCCCAUAAAGCAGCAGGCCAAUGCCCAAGCGCGCAGCCAUCCACACAGCACACAGACAGGUCUGGGCCGUGGCCAGUCUGUCCUGAGACAGAGAGAAGCCCUAACCCAGAACCUGUGCUCUCACAGGCUGCCCAAAAGAGGAACGCUGCGCCUGCCAAACACAGUGCUGUUACUCAGAAGCCAGUGAAUGGAGUUCCGGGUGGGCAGGCCACCACGGCACCAAACGGGGAGAAUCUGGUCAAUGAGGAGGUGGUGAUGAGGUCUAAUAGGGGCCGCUUGAGGUACGCGGAGGAGUCCGGAUUGAGCCCAGACCUCCCAGACGAGGAGGGCCCCCCUCCCCCGUCCACCGACAGCAUUGCCUUCAUGAUCACCCAGACAAAAGUGCAGGCACUGUCCACUGGGGAAUACAAAGAUCUAGUGAACAACACCAAUGGUGGCGACAUGCAGACGGUCAAAGUAGGUAUGGACCAGACGGUGUGCGCACCCGAGGACUGCGGCUUUGACCGCAAGCCCGUCAUCAUCAUCUUCGAUGAGCCCAUGGAGAUCCGGCAGGCCUACAAGCGGCUGUCGACCAUCUUCGAGGGUGAGGAGGAGCUGGACCGGAUGCUGUCGGAGGACAGGAUCGAUGAGGAGAGCGAGGAGGAGGAGGAGGAGGAGCGGCAGCAGGAGGAGUUGGAGAGGAGAGCCAGGAAAGAGAUCAAGGCAAGAGAGGUAACUGUUGCAACUGGUAUAGGUUUGGCCAGAACAGACAAGGCUGAACUGAAGCCAAAGAGGCCUGCUGCUGCUAUUGAGGUCAGUAAGCCCCUGAGUCCGACGGAGCCUUUGUCCCCCGAGGCCGUCGACGGCUCUAUACCCGAGCUCUCUCUGAACGACCCAAAGCAAGACGCCAAGAAGAAGUUCAAAUUCAAGUUCCCCAAGAAGCAACUGGCCGCCAUAGGGCAGGCGCUUCGCACGGGGACCAAAACGGGCAAGAAGACCCUGCAGGUGGUGGUCUACGAGGACGAGGAAGAGUUGGACGGCACCACCAAGGAGCUGAAGGUGGCCAAACGGUUUGAGAUCCACGGUAAAUCCAAGGCCAACCAGACCUCCUCUUCAGCACCGGUUACUCCAUCAAAAGCCAAAGUGGCACCUCAGACCCAAAGACGGACAGAGGAGAUCCGUAAGAACACCUUCAAGACCCUUGACAGCCUGGAGGAGACCAUCAAGGAACUAGAGAGCACCAUCAGUGACAUGGGGCCCAAGUCCCAAACCCCACCCCAGGAGCCCUCUUCCCCACGGGGAGGCACCAAGGUGAAGCGGUCAGUCUCCGACUGCUCUCAGACGGAGGGAAGUCCCUCCAAGCGCACCCCCCCUCAUGAGUCAUCCAAGGCCCAGAAGGGGUCCUCUCUGCGGAAGAAGGCCAAGCCUCACCUCCUGCCCCGGCCGUCGGCCACCUCCGCCUCUGGCCCUUCCCCCUCAUCUGGGUCCUCGUCUUCCUCCUCCUCCAGCAGCAGCGCCAGCAGUAAACAGAACAGCGGCGGUUCGUCCUCCACGUCUAGACCCACACUGCCUUCACCCAAGACCCGACAGCAGCCCGGCGCGAGCGCGGAGAAAGCCGGGAAAUCGCAAAAGCUCCAAGAUACCCAGAGGCAGUUCAGACAGGCUAACGGGAGUUCUGUGAAAACUGAUGGGGAUAGUAAACAUGCUUUCCUUGCUUUACCUGCUUCUAAGAUCCCAGCCUUUUGUCCUAGCUCUGGAAAAGGUAGCUUGUCUUCUCCUAACUCAAACAUGUCUAAGCCUACUAAUCCAUCAUCUGCCUCUUCCUCCUCCUCCUCCUCUGCCCUCUCCUCCACCCCCAUUUCCCCCUCCAAGUCCUCCAUUCCGUGUCUAAGUCUUGGCCGGCACAUUCGCACCUCAGCCCACGCCCUCCCCCGCCCCGUCCCCUCCAACGACUCCCUCCAGCUCCACGGGGGCAAAGGCCAGACCCUUUCUCUCCUGCAGCAGCAGCAGCAGCAGCAGACUCAAAAUGGCCGCCCCCACACCUCCCCAUCCCAUCACCCCGUCAGCAUCCCCACCACCUCGUCCUCUGGCCUCAACUACUCCUCCUCUUCCUCCUCCUCUUACUCUUACUCCUCCUCUUCCUCCGUGUCCCCCACCUCCACCUCCUCCUCCUCCUCGCCCUCUUCCCCCUCCCUACUCUCCCCCACGGCCGUGGCUCAGGGCGGCAGGGGAGGCCGGGCAGCCCACCUCCACGGCAUCGGCAGCGUUCGGCCACAGGGGGGCAGCAGUGCUCCGCCUGCCAUCACACCAACAUCAUCCUCCAGGGACAUGGCAUGACCUCCAUGUUCUGUUUUUUAUGUUUUUUUGUAUGUGUGUGUAGUCAUAUUUUAACUUCUGUUUCUUGUCCUUCUCCUUCAUUGUAUGUUGUUUUAUAGUGUUAUCUGUAUGUUCAUGUUCUGAACAUCAGUUGAAUCUGUUUAUGGGUGUAAAUUGCCUCGAAGGCUGCUUGAUGUGUGAUGAGAUAAGAGUGUAACCUAGAGAAAAGCCUUUUGCCCUGUGCGUCUAUACAAGUAUUGAUGAGUGUAUUCACUGUAUUCACAAGAUAAUUUAAUUCUUGGCUUACAUUACAUGCAAGAGGGAGGAAAAUAUGUAACCCGUUAGAUUUAGUGCUAGACAGUCAGUGCUUUGGAAGAUGUUUAUUUUUUAUUUAUGUAAAAGGUUAGCAGUUUUAAUGGAUGGUAUUGAGAAUAUAUUUUAUAUAAAUAUGUUUGGGAAUGAAUAGAUCAUGUUGAAAUAGAUCACUACAAAAAAUGUACAAAAUAUUUUUGAAAUUUGAAAAAAGACUUCAAUACUGCAGUAUAUUUUCACCUACUUUGGCUUAAAAGUGGCCAUAGACAUACUAUAGCAAUGCUUUGACACUCAUAUAAAGUUUGAAUUGAUUUUGAAAGGGAGCUGAAAUGGCAGCAUUUACUUGUAAAAGGUAUCGCACAGGUUCCUAUGCACUGCCAAAUGAUUUCUCUGACCAGUAUAGACCAAUGUGGAACCUGUCCUCCUCAGUGUCUGUGCCAACAUACCAAAGCACUUGGGUGUUCAUUUUACACUGACAGACAGACAAUGCUGUGCAUCAGAGCCACUGUGUGAUUAAGCCUGUGACAGGGCACUGUCACACAAAGCUGUCUCUCUCAUUGUGCAGUUGUAGAGACUCACUGGUUUUGAUACCACAGUAUGUGAUCAUGAGCAAACAUGCAAAAUGUUUAGAAGAAAAAAAAAGAGAUAUUUUGGUUGAUUUGGCCAAAGUUUACUUCAAUGCAUGCCUUUCAGAUGUUUGAGAUUACAUUUUUGUUUGCACAAAAUACUGUAAAUAGUUGAUUUCUUUCUCUUUUAAUUUUAUAAGCUUGUAUAACCUGUACAAAGCUCUGUGGAAGAAAAUGUGUGUGAAGGUGUCUGACCUAAUAAAGGGCUGCCUGCUUGUAGUACAGAUAUAAUCUGUUUGGACUUUGAAUUCAGUGUUUUUUUUAAAUAUAGAUCUGAUUUGAGUGCUGACUUUAGUCACAGAGAAAUCAUUUAAAACUUGUGUUUACAUAUGUCUACAUUUUUGUGCUUCAGGAGUAAUAGUGGUAUGUGUCAAUAUAGCAUUUAGCAAUAAAUGAAAUCUUGCCUAUUUCUUGAGUAUUUGUGAAACAUUUUCAAAAUGCCUGUUUGGCCCACAUGUAAUAUCAUAUCAUAAUGAUAAUCAGGCUUGUAUUGUUGCAAUUCCAGCUGUGAUCAUAUGUGUAUAAUGUUUAAUCAUAUUGAAUUAGAGGAACUCUUCAUUUUUUUUUUUUAAACAGGUGAGGUUCUUACAUAUAAAUAUAUUUUAAGACAAUAGCUAGCAGUUACUUCAUUGUCAGCCAAUUGGCAGCCAAGUAACCUAUAUUCCAAAUGCACUCUUUUUGUAAUUUAGUGACAAAAAUAAGAUGUUGACAACUGGAUAUUCAGAGUAUUUUCACUGUAAUGUUGCACCCAUCAUAUCCUGGUAUCUGCUUUGUCAGUCAAGAAUAGGGAACAAAUUCUUGGUCAAGGAAUUCUGAGAUAUCUUGGCAAUAUCAAACAUGCCAGACAAUUUGGUUACAUUUUUAUCUUGUGAGAAAAGCAAUUAAUAUGAUAAAAAUAAAAUUCCAACAAGUAACCAUUUGUGGCUCACAAACAUCCCUUGUGCAAUCAUGAUUGGCAUAUUAAUCUGGACCUUGUCAUGGAAUGAUUAUCUUAAUUCAGAAGAUAUAUCAAUGAACUGUCAAGUGAUCAGACAUGGGAAGUCGUUUGUUUACUAUUCAUUAUGAUGCCACUGAGCGUGAUCAUAGCAGGGGUGUAAUGGUUUCAACUUGUAUUUAUUUAGUAUCUCACCAGUUCCCUAUUUAUUUAUGUAUGUAUAAAAGUGCAUACAAUAAAAUGGUUUGUCCAUUGCCAUUGUUUCACAUCAAAAUGGAGCAGUGGAAAUGGCAAGACUA